CAGCGGCAUAUAACAAGGGCCCGCGCGAGUGCCGAGCAGGCCUAGCUUUUGCCGUUUCAAACUCAAAAAAUGUUGCUUAGGCGGACACGAGCUGCAACCGGGUAUAAACAGGCGGCUAAGCCAACAUAGUAGAAUUUUAACAAUAAUAAAAGUAAUAACUAACUACAUUCCCCAUUAGCUAUGCCUCUUCCAAAACAGUAGCAAACAAACCGAGGGCUAGCUGGCAGUUGACUCAAUUCUACCACAAACACACCCUACCCUCCCAUCGUUGUUCUGCGGCAACCAGACCCAGGCCCUAGGCUAUUGGCGAUGCGGGCUCCAACAGCCUCGGCUCAGCGCCGUCCUUGGGCCGGAUAACUCUCCACCACCGACCGCCCAGAAUCAUCGCGCCGAUAUGCGAUCUCGAUCUCGUUCCCGGCUCAGCUAUCGGCCCAUCCUGCGUUCGGUUUAAAUACACCGGCUUGCCCCAUAUCCGGCGCUGUCUUGGUCUGUCUUGGUCUUCACUCCCAUCCCUUUCUCCCUUAACCAACAUAUCUCCUUAUAGCUAGCUACACGAAAGCUUUGCUUGCGACCCCUGCAGUCCAUACCCAUCACAGUUCGUAUUCAGCGCAAACCAAUGUCGGCUUCCUCCAGAAUCCCUCCCAUGGCGCUGCCAUUCGUCAGCGAGCGGGCAAAGAAGACUCUGGAUCUAGUCCAAGAAUUUGUCGAGAAAGACUGCGUCCCCGCAGAUGCCGUUUUCCAAGCUGAGCUGGGUGAGGGCGCCCAGCGAUGGACCACCACCCCCGUCAUCCUCGAGGAGCUCAAAGUCAAGGCCCAAAAGCUUGGGCUAUGGAAUAUGUUCUUGCCUAAGAAUCACUUCAGGGAGGGUGCCGGCUUCAGUAACUUGGAGUACGGAUUGAUGGCGGAAUAUUUGGGUAGAAGCCGGAUUGCCAGUGAGGCUACCAACAAUGCUGCGCCAGACACUGGUAAUAUGGAGGUCCUUGCCAAAUACGGAAACGAGGCACAGAAGAGACAGUGGCUUGUGCCUCUGUUGGAGGGCAAGAUCCGCUCUGCCUUCCUCAUGACUGAGCCAGAUGUUGCGUCCAGCGAUGCUACCAACAUCAAGCUCGAUAUCCGACGAGAGGGUAAUGAAUACGUCAUCAACGGCCAGAAAUGGUGGUCGUCUGGAAUUGGUGACCCAAGAUGCAAACUCUUAAUCGUCAUGGGCAAGACCGACCCCAACAACCCGGAUCCCUAUAGACAACAAUCCGUUGUCCUCGUCUCCAUGGAUACCCCAGGUAUCACCGUCCACCGCAUGUUGACCGUCUACGGCUACGACGACGCCCCACACGGCCACGGCCACGUCUCCUUCAACAAUGUCCGAGUACCCGUCUCCAACAUGGUCCUCGGCGAGGGCCGCGGCUUCGAGAUCAUCCAGGGCCGCCUCGGACCGGGCCGCAUCCACCACACCAUGCGUGCCAUCGGAGCCGCGGAGAAGGCUCUUGAGUACCUCAUCGCCCGCGCCAACGACGAGUCCCGCAAGCCCUUCGGCGCCGUCCUCUCCUCGCACGGUGUCAUUCUCGAAUGGAUCGCCAAAUCCCGCAUUGAGAUCGAUGCUGCUCGUCUCAUCGUGCUGAACGCCGCGAUCAAGAUCGAUCAAGGCGAUGCCAAGAGCGCGCUGAGAGAGAUUGCGGAGGCUAAGGUACUCGUGCCCCAGACGGUACUGACUGUCAUUGACCGUGCGGUGCAGGCUUAUGGCGGCAUGGGUGUCUGCCAGGAUACGCCCCUGGCGGCCAUGUGGGCGGGUAUCCGCACCUUGAGGCUGGCUGACGGCCCUGAUGAGGUGCACUUGCAGCAGAUGGGCAGGAGGGAGAACAAGCAGCGGAAGGAUGAGGUGACAAAGAAGAUCAAUUGGCAGAAUGCGGAGUCGCAGCGGUUAUUGAAUUCUAAGGGGUUCAAGAGCCAAUUGUAAAUCAGAGGGGGGGAUUUCCUUUUGUGAUAUUAAAUGUUAAACUGUUUGUUGUUCUUUUGGGUUAACUAGUUAGAGAGUAUUAAAAGAUCUGAGGAUUGAAUCUACACUUUUAUUUAUCAAUUUAUCAAUUUAUAUACAUAUGAGUUUUCGAGACUUAUCAGUGUAUAUUUGUGAUCAGUAUUAGUUGACUGAGGUCAUGUCAUAAUGCAUCC